CCCUCUAAAGUUUGAGAAGAUGCGUUUGGUUCAGAAUCAAGCUUUACACCGGAAAGGUCAGUGGAGGAGACUACCUGCCUUGCAGAAUUGCUGGAUUAUGUCAUUGCUGGCCUCUUCAGUUUUUAUAUGCCCGUUGCAGGUGAAGCUCGCGUGUGGAGUGACACAGUCAAAUCAGACGCCAGAUGGACAGUGUGACAAGAGUGUCAGAAAGGAUUGGGCCUCGCUGCGAGAAUCAGCCUGGAGGCCAAGUGUUGACGAGCUGCUGAAAAGGAAGCCAGUGGGAGGACUGUGGGCCGCAGAGGAAGUGGCACCCUGUCUUCAGUCACACCAUUGAUGGAGGACAGAUGGACAGCCGGACAUUCAGUCACCUCUCCUCUUAAAACUGUGGAGAGUUGUCCUUUGUCGUCUGCUGGGCACAUACUAGGAAUCUUAACAUACUCUCUGAAUUCACUUUCCGUAGAAACGUAAGAUCAGACUGCAGCGUGUCGCCAGACUCCUCUGUUGCAUGGUCACAGACUCGCAACCAUGAGUGCCGAGGGCUACCAGUACCGAGCGCUGUAUGAUUACAAAAAGGAACGAGAAGAAGAUAUUGACUUGCACUUGGGUGAUGUCUUGACUGUGAAUAAAGGGUCCUUAGUAGCUCUUGGAUUCAGUGAUGGACAGGAAGCCAGGCCUGAAGAAAUUGGCUGGUUAAAUGGUUAUAAUGAAACCACCGGGGAAAGAGGGGACUUUCCGGGAACUUACGUUGAAUAUAUUGGAAGGAAAAAAAUCUCUCCUCCCACACCAAAGCCCCGACCCCCUCGACCCCUUCCUGUUGCACCAGGUUCUUCGAAAGCUGAAGCAGACGGUGAACAACAGCAAGCUUUGGCCCUUCCAGAUCUUGCAGAGCAGUUUGCCCCUCCCGACAUUGCUCCGCCUCUUCUUGUGAAGCUAGUGGAAGCCAUUGAAAAGAAAGGUCUGGAAUGUUCAACUCUAUACAGAACACAGAGCUCCAGCAACCCAGCAGAAUUACGACAGCUUCUUGAUUGUGAUGCCGCCUCCGUGGACUUGGAAAUGAUCGAUGUGCAAGUUUUAGGAGACGCUUUCAAACGCUAUCUUUUGGACUUACCGAAUCCUGUCAUUCCAGUGGCCGUUUACAGUGAAAUGAUUUAUUUAGCCCAAGAAGUACAAAGCUCUGAAGAGUAUAUCCAGCUGCUGAAGCAGCUCAUCGGGGCGCCUAGCAUACCUCAUCAGCACUGGCUUACGCUUCAGUAUUUGCUAAAGCAUUUCUUCAAGCUCUCUCAAGCCUCCAGCAAGAAUCUUCUGAAUGCAAGAGUGCUCUCUGAACUUUUCAGUCCUCUGCUUUUCAGAUUCCCAGCGGCCAGCUCUGAGAAUACUGAACACCUCAUAAAAGUUAUAGAAAUUUUAAUCUCAACUGAGUGGAAUGAACGACAGCCUGCACCAGCAUUGCCUCCUAAACCACCAAAACCCGCUACUGUAGCCAACAACGGUGUGAGUAACAGCAUGUCCUUACAAGACGCUGAGUGGUACUGGGGAGAUAUCUCAAGGGAAGAAGUGAAUGAGAAACUUCGAGAUACAGCUGACGGGACCUUUUUGGUACGAGACGCAUCUACUAAAAUGCAUGGUGAUUAUACUCUUACACUAAGGAAAGGAGGAAAUAACAAAUUAAUCAAAAUAUUUCACCGAGAUGGGAAAUAUGGCUUCUCUGACCCACUGACCUUCAACUCUGUGGUUGAACUAAUAAACCACUACCGGAACGAGUCUCUAGCUCAGUAUAACCCCAAACUGGACGUGAAGUUACUUUAUCCAGUAUCCAAAUACCAACAGGAUCAAGUUGUCAAAGAAGAUAAUAUUGAAGCUGUAGGGAAAAAAUUACAUGAAUAUAAUGCUCAAUUUCAAGAAAAAAGUCGGGAAUAUGAUAGAUUAUAUGAAGAUUAUACCCGUACUUCCCAGGAAAUCCAAAUGAAAAGAACAGCUAUUGAAGCAUUUAAUGAAACCAUAAAAAUAUUUGAAGAACAGUGCCAAAGCCAGGAACGGUACAGCAAAGAAUACAUAGAAAAAUUUAAACGUGAAGGCAAUGAGAAAGAAAUACAAAGGAUUAUGCAUAAUUAUGAGAAGUUAAAGUCCCGAAUCAGUGAAAUUGUGGACAGCAGACGACGACUGGAGGAAGACUUGAAGAAGCAGGCGGCUGAGUACCGGGAGAUUGACAAACGCAUGAACAGCAUAAAACCAGACCUCAUCCAGCUGAGAAAGACGAGAGACCAAUACUUGAUGUGGCUGACUCAGAAAGGCGUCCGGCAGAAGAAGCUCAAUGAGUGGCUGGGCAAUGAGAACACGGAAGACCAAUAUUCGCUGGUGGAAGAUGAUGAGGAUUUGCCGCACCACGACGAGAAGACCUGGAACGUGGGCAGCAGCAACCGAAACAAAGCGGAGAACCUGCUCCGAGGGAAACGAGACGGCACCUUCCUGGUCCGGGAGAGCAGUAAACAGGGCUGCUACGCCUGCUCUGUCGUGGUGGACGGCGAAGUCAAGCAUUGUGUCAUCAACAAAACGGCCACCGGCUAUGGCUUCGCCGAGCCCUAUAACUUGUACAGCUCCCUGAAAGAACUGGUGCUACAUUACCAACACACCUCCCUCGUGCAGCACAAUGACUCGCUCAAUGUCACACUAGCCUACCCGGUAUACGCACAGCAGAGGCGAUGAAGCACUUGUCCUCUGAUCCUGACGUUCAACCACCGAGGCCUCUGGAAAGCACAGGGCUCCUCUCCAGCCUGACCUAUCAUUGAGCUGCGGAAACGAAGCCAUCUGCCUUCAGAUGGGACUCGAGCUUCCGACAAAAGAGUAGAGGGGAAGACAUGCAGCCUAGCACCGUGCAGUGACCCUGCGUUUCUAAUCUGGAGCGCUUGUCCUUCCUUUUGUUUUUGGGGUCUUUUGGGUUUUUGUUUUUUUUUUUUUUUUUGGUUUAAUUUAAGCCACAACAACACAUAACACAAAGACAAAAAGAAAUGCAAAAAUCUCUGCGUGCAGGGACAAAGAGGCCUUUAACCAUGGUGCUUGUUCAUGCUUUCUGAAGCUUUACCAGCUCAAAGUGGGGACCUUGGAGACUACAGGGUGGAUGGGCUCCAGAGCCCCGGCCUGCGAAUGCUCGCGCCAGGCUGGCUGGGCCUGGGCCUUGCUGUGCACGGUGGACCCGGAUACGUCGCACUGUGGAUUAUUUCCUUUUCUAACAAAAGAACGAUAUGUAGCAGAAAGGCACUUCGGCUCACAGGAGACAUUUUGGGAGAACGUCGGCUCACGUACGUUCAGUCGUAGUGGAGUGCCAGAAAGUGUUUUGUUUAGACUUCAAAAAACAACCCCACCGACGGGACAAACGGAGCUUGGAAAACAGGACUUUAAAUGACAUUCAUUAUAUAAAAUAUGUACAUAACAAUGGAUGACUAACUAUCAAAUAGAUGUAUUUGUAUCCACACCAAAUAGCUUCUGUUUUGUUCUGCUAAAGACUAAAUUCACAGUGCUAUGCAAUUCUUAAUUGUCAUUGUUAUAUCAGUUUUAAAUGUACCUUCAGAAUAAGCUUCCCCAGCCCCAGUUUCUGUUGCUUGAAAAUACUGUCUGAUUUUUUUUGUUAAUAUUUGUCUGUGAUUCUUUUCCUUUUUUUUUUAAAAAAAAAAAGAAAUGUACAGGAUGCCAGUUUAAAAAAAAAGCUUCAGAAUUAAAACUAUGAAAUAUUUUACAGUUUUUCUUGUACAGAGUACUUGGCUAUUAGCCCAAGGUUAAAAGUUCAUAACAGAUUUUUUGGAGUAAAUGUUUUGUUGGGCAGUGCCUGAUAAGCUUCAAAGCUGCUUUAUUCAAUAAAAAAAAGAGAAAGAUAUAUAAGUAUGACAAAGUAUCGCUGAGUUCAACAAUGUUGUUUCAAGACCCUUAAAAUACGGUACCUGGUAAUGUUUGUUUCAUAAAGAAUUGUGAACUUCUUGAAUCUAGGGAGGGGGGAUGUAGCAAAGGGAUGUACAGGGGGGACGGUGGGAGGGGUGGCAAGAUGGUAUGCACUUUCUCGUGAUUAUGGAGAAGUGAGUAACUUACACUUCAGUGUUUUCCCACUUUGAUCUGGUCGUUAUACAUUAAUGCCAAGUACAGACCUACUGGAACUCGAACACAGUGUGGCGGCCGGUCAGGUAAUGUAGUUCGUAGGAAGGAAGUCAGCCUCGUGGGGUAGUGUUCCCCUUUGUUUGGAACACUGAUUGCAAGGUAUAAUCGCUGCAUUUAGAAUAUGUGUCUCUUUAACAUUAGAUUACCCCUUACAGCCAAUAAACGUUCAUUUCAGAAAAAGCAUGACCUGAGAAAAUAUUUGUAUCUGCACAUUUGUUGUUUUCCUACCUUUCCACUCAGUGGAGCCCACAAGGCGGAUAGCCACGAUCCGAGCUGCUAGUGCGCUGGGCUGUGGAGAGCUCAUUACCGUCACGGCCCCUGCAGGAGUCCUAACAGUCCUUCCAGUUCAUCCAAGUGAUUGUAUGUGUUCCGCUUCACCACGGGGGAAAGGCGGGGGUCUUAGAGGGUCCUUUCCAACUUGGGGCAAAAAGGAGAGUCUCCCUAAUGUAGUCAUGCCAACUCCAUUCUGUGUGGUGGCAAGCGUCCGUGUGUCGGGAGCGAUAAAGGAUCAGUGUGACAGUCCCUAUUCUGGUGGGUUCUAGGGGAAUUCCACUUGCAAUUGCAGUUUUCCUUUGUCGGGAUUGAUUCAGCCAUGGCUCGAUUUCAGAUACUGUGGGAAGGGCUUUCUGUUUUGGUUUUUAAUGUAGUUGCUUUUAAAAAUUCUUUUGAAAUAAUCGGUCCAGCUGACAUCAACUGUAGAAUGUACUGUUUUCUUCUUUACAUGAGGCUACUCCUAUCAAGACAAGAGUCAGUCUUGCGGCCAGACUGUCAGCCUGAGACCUGACUGUCCUGACCGUCUCCCUCUCACCUCCACACGACUGGCUGCGAUUGCCCUGCUUGUAGUCUGUAAGUGUCGGCCUGACAAGUAUC